GAUAAAGAGUCUCCUAGACUUCCCCGCCUUCAAACCAGCAUCCUCAGAUCUCAGCCUCCUGAGUAGCUAGGAUGACAGGCGAUCUCCUAAUGUCAAGGAAGCAGAAAGCAAGGAGGGCCUUCUGCUAGAUGGAACAAGCAAGAACCAGGGCGUGGAAAUGAAAAGUGUGGUAAUCGUGCAAAGUGUGGGAGUUUGUAUGACCAACUGCCCGACCCUCAUUGUCAUGGUAGGCCUGCCUGCCAGGGGCAAAACCUACAUUUCCAAGAAGCUGACUCGAUACCUGAACUGGAUCGGCGUGCCCACGCGGGAAUUCAAUGUGGGCCAGUAUCGCCGGAAUAUGGUGAAAACAUACAAAUCGUUUGAGUUUUUCCUCCCAGACAAUGAAGAAGGCCUGAAAAUCAGGAAGCAAUGUGCCCUGGCAGCCCUCUGCGAUGUCCGGCGGUUCCUCAGCGAGGAGGGGGGACACGUGGCAGUGUUUGAUGCAACCAAUACCACCCGGGAACGAAGAGCCACCAUCUUUAAUUUUGGGGAACAGAAUGGCUACAAGACCUUCUUCGUGGAGUCCGUCUGCGUGGACCCUGAAGUCAUCGCUGCUAACAUUGUGCAAGUGAAGCUGGGCAGCCCGGACUACGUGAACCGGGACAGCGACGAAGCCACGGAGGACUUCAUGAGGCGCAUUGAAUGCUACGAGAACUCCUACGAAUCUCUAGAUGAGGAUCUGGACAGGGAGCUCUCCUACAUCAAAAUCAUGGACGUGGGGAAGAGCUACGUGGUGAAUCGCGUGGCCGAUCACAUCCAGAGCCGGAUCGUGUAUUACCUCAUGAAUAUCCACGUGACUCCCCGCUCCAUCUACCUCUGCCGGCAUGGAGAAAGCGAGCUCAACCUCAAGGGCCGGAUCGGAGGGGACCCGGGACUGUCCUCCCGAGGCAGAGAGUUUGCCAAGAGCCUGGCCCAGCUCAUCAGCGACCAGAACAUCAAGGAUCUGAAGGUGUGGACGAGCCAGAUGAAACGGACGAUUCAGACAGCCGAGGCGCUGGGGGUCCCCUAUGAACAAUGGAAGGUCCUCAACGAGAUUGAUGCGGGUGUCUGUGAGGAAAUGACGUACGAGGAAAUCCAGGAUCAUUAUCCACUGGAGUUUGCCCUGCGGGAUCAGGACAAGUACAGAUACCGGUACCCCAAAGGAGAGUCCUACGAGGACCUGGUGCAGCGGCUGGAGCCGGUCAUCAUGGAGCUGGAGCGGCAGGAGAAUGUGCUGGUCAUCUGUCACCAGGCUGUCAUGCGCUGCCUUCUGGCCUAUUUCCUGGACAAGGCUGCAGAACAGCUGCCCUACCUCAAGUGUCCCCUGCACACCGUCCUCAAGCUGACCCCGGUGGCUUAUGGUUGUAAAGUGGAAUCUAUUUUCCUGAACGUGGCAGCGGUGAACACACAUCGAGACAGGCCUCAGAAUGUAGACAUCUCAAGGCCUCCCGAGGAAGCUCUGGUCACGGUCCCCGCCCACCAGUGACGUCAUCUCCACGGUGACCCCCUGGGGCGGGCACUGAUUGCUGCAGACAAGGACAUUUCAGGUCCCGCUGGAGUUUGCGGGACUAGUGUACAGUCACCCUCCAGGAACGUUCCGGAAGCCGUGCGUGGUGACUCGGUAGCACCCGGAACCCCCUGCUCAGAGCACCUACAUCCUUGUUGACACUUGGGUGACAAGGUGGGGUGUGGUGGGCUGACUUGCUGCUAAGAACCCUCCCCUCCCCCAGCCAGACUCGCUGUGUCCCAUGGCCUCCCACCCCCAGACUGGCUGCUUUGGGGAAGCCCGUCUCCCCUAAAUGUGAAAUGAAAACUUCCCACUGGGCCCCGGCUCUAGGAGCGCACGCCUGUAAUCCCGGCUCCUCAGGAGGCUGAGCUCUGAGUCUGUGAGACUCUUCUCUUCCAAGAACCUCCCACAAGUCCCAAGUGGAG